GCUGGAUCAACAAUAUAAAUAUUAUUUUUCAGCUUUCAAAUGUCUUCAAAAGUCUUCACAUAAUUUGAAAUGUCUUCAAUUUGUCUUCACAAAAAUAAAUGUCUUCACAGAAGUUCGAAUGUCUUCAAAUUGAAGACAUGUCUUCACAUCUGGCAUCCCUGCCUGAUCUGAAUGUAGGUAAACAUAAAUAUUGGUCCUUUGUGAGUGAAUCUGGUUAGUGUUCGCGUGUUGCGCUUCAAUCCAGUACAAAAAUAUUCUUGUUAUAUAGUUUUAUUAUACGUUAUUAAGCUGAAUAACGAUGUCAGUGAUCCUUGAAAACGAACCAGAAUGUGAUAACCAAGAGACCUCUAGCUAUCAUACAGAGGAUAUCAAAAGUUUGUUUCAAACAUGUAGACUUUGCUUGAGCGAAGAAUCGGUCGAGAGCGUUUACAACGAAGAGGGCUUGCAGCAAUGGAUAACGGAUUAUCUUUCGAUAAAGAUAUUCUCAGGAGAUCGUAUGAGUCAAUCUGUUUGUUCCAUCUGCCGAAUACAGUUGAUGGAAUUUCAUCAGUUCCGCGAGCGCUGCCAUGAAGUACAAAGCGCACUGAAAUCCAAAAUUCGGGCUGAAAAGGAAUCAGAGGAUCGACUACUGCUAGAAUCGAUUCAAAAUGUGGUGGCUGUUGAAGUGGUGGACAUCGAAGAGAUUAAAAUUGAAACUGAUGGCGAUAUAGAUCUAACAGCAGCAUUACCAGACGCCAAGGAGCAUACAAACGCAACUCAAGCUACAGAAGUUAAGAAAGAAGACGGUACCAAAAAUCACCAGUCACUUGAGUGUGAAAUAUGCUACAAAAUAUUUCGAUCUAGAAAGAAUUUAAACAACCAUAUGAAAAUGGUACACGGUCCAAAAAGAUUUAAAUGCAUUCCCUGUGGAAAAACAUUUCCUCAACCACAUCAUUUGGAGUUGCAUUUUCAAACGAAAAAACAUGUCAAGAAAAUGCAGGGCAUUGAAGCUCCCAAGGAAUCUGUCUCAAACAUUGAGUUCCAGUGUGACAAAUGCCAAACAUCGUUUUCAAGAAAAGAACAACUGCAUAUCCAUAGCUGUACAAUUGAUAAACUAAGGAAAUUUCCUUGCCCCACGUGUGGAAAGUUAUUUGUAUCCAAGCACGCUGUGUAUAAGCACAUUGGUGCUGAUCACUUGAGUGGAGAGGAUAAACCAUUUGAAUGCGAUAUUUGUCAUAAGACAUUCAAGAUAAAAAAUCACUUGGCGGAACAUAAGAGACAAGUGCACGGCCCAAAAAUAUAUCAAUGCGAUGUUUGUGUAUUCAGUUGCAGUAAAAGCUACAACUUGAUCCGGCAUAUUAAAAAUCACGAUCGCAUCAAACGAACACGUGUUGACUCUCCUCCAAAGGACAUAUGUGAUAAAAGAGAUGGCUACACGACUUCAGAGAGCGGUUUCGAUGGAAUAAAGAGUUGAGUAUUCCGUGAAUACAUCAUGGUACAACAAACAUUUGUUUAAUUAUAUAUUACACACCCUGCAUAUUUGGAAGAAAAUAGAAAGGUUUUAUG